AUGUCGUCCUCCUCUGUGCCGCUCCUUCGCCCGCCGGUCCCUGGCAACCGCAGCAACACCGGCAGUCCGCGGGCUCCUAGACUCACCUUGGGCAUCCCCCCGUCGCCCAACGCCAAACCCGUCAAUGGCACAGGCGCUGCCCCUGUUCCUGCCGCCAGCUGUGAUGCACCGCAGCUUCAACAGCCACAACCUGUCUCCCGGCCAUCCCUGCCCCGGCUACAACUAGCGACUCCGAUGGGCAGUAGCCAGAAUGUCCCGCGGGAGUCGACCCUCAUGCCAAAUGGUCGGCCCGUGCCUCCACCUCUGGCCACGAAUUUGAAUGGGCAAAAUGGUCUGGAAGGGAAAGGCAGUGGCCCGGCUUCCGCAAACUCCUCAUACUCAGCGCUCUCGUUCGCCAUGGGUCUCCGCCAACCGGCGGGCGGCAACUCCGACCCCUCAUCGGCGAUCAGUUCGGUCUACUCGGAUCGUGAAGGCGGCGUACAGAUGGAGCGUGAAAACAGUGUGAACGGGCUGCUACCGGACCUAGACAAGCUGAGUCUGGAGAAGGGCCGGCCGCUGGAUGUGGAAGACUUGGACGAUGAGGGCUGGCAUGCUGCUAGUGAACAAAAGAAGAUUGUUGAGCUGGGAAGUUUGGGCGAAGGCGCCGGCGGCGCAGUUACCCGGUGCAAACUUAAGGAUGGAAAGACAGUAUUCGCAUUGAAGAUUAUCACUACAGACCCGAAUCCCGACGUGAAAAAGCAAAUCGUUCGCGAACUCAACUUCAACAAGGACUGCGCAUCGGAUCAUAUCUGCCGCUACUACGGUGCCUUCAUGGACAAGUCCACCGGCACCAUUUCGAUUGCUAUGGAAUUCUGCGAGGGUGGGAGUCUCGACAGUAUCUACAAGGAGGUCAAGAAACUUGGAGGUCGGACCGGAGAGAAGGUUCUCGGCAAAGUUGCAGAGGGUGUGCUCAAUGGAUUGACCUACCUGCACAGCAGGAAGAUCAUUCAUCGAGACAUCAAGCCUUCCAACAUUCUCUUAUGCCGGGAUGGCCAAGUCAAGCUCUGUGAUUUCGGUGUUAGCGGCGAGUUCGGCACCAAGGGCGAUGCAAACACAUUUAUCGGCACUUCCUACUAUAUGGCUCCGGAACGUAUCACUGGUCAAUCAUACACGAUCACUUCCGAUGUUUGGUCGUUGGGCGUGACUCUUCUGGAAGUUGCCCAGCACCGAUUUCCCUUUCCCGCCGACGGAACUGAGAUGCAACCCCGCGCUGGUCUAAUAGAUCUCCUUACAUAUAUUGUGCGGCAGCCGAUCCCCAAAUUGAAAGACGAGCCGGGGAACAACAUUCGCUGGUCGGAUAACUUCAAGUACUUUAUUGAAUGCUGUCUUGAGAAAGAGCCCCCUCGACGCGCAACUCCCUGGCGGAUGCUGGAACAUCCUUGGAUUCUGGACAUGAAGAACAAGAAGGUCAACAUGGCAAACUUCGUGACGCAGGUGUGGGACUGGAAGGAUUGA